AUGAAGGCCGUCAUCCAGCCUUCCGCAACCUCACACGUCCUCGAGGAAAAGACACUCCCGGUUCCCACCCCGACGGCCGACAGCUAUCUCAUCCACGUCAAGACCACCUCGCCUUGCCCAGGUGAACUGGACUGGGAAGCGUGGUUUGCCGCCAUCUACCCUCCUGGCGGACUCGAGCCCGAUAACCGUGUACCGGGUACCGAGGGCGCAGGCGUCGUAGCUGCGCUCCCCACCAGCGGCACGCCGACUUUUGCUAUCGGCGACGAGGUCUUCUUCCGCAUCGACGCCGUCCUCCCGGGCGCCAUGAAGGACUACACCCUCGUCCCCGCCAUCAACGUCGCGCCCAAGCCCAAGUCUCUCAGCUGGGCCGAGGCGGGAGCCACAGCGCUGUCAUCGUUGACGGCGUGGCAAGGUAUCUUUGAACACGGCACGCUCGAUCCCGCCGCCCUAGCGUUGGGCGCCGACACCGAGACCGCGGACGCGGCUCGCAAGAGCAACUCGACCCAGCGCGUGCUCAUCACCGGCGCAUCGGGAUCAGUGGGCAACUGGGCAGUCCAGUUUGCAGCUGCGGCCGGAGCCCACGUCGUGGCCGUGUGUAGUGGUGCCAAGGCUGCCGCUGCCACAAAGGCGGGAGCCGCCGAGGUCAUCGACUACACGACGUCGAGUGUGGGCGAGUGGGCAAAGGGCGGGAACGAAGUGGACUUGAUUUUCGACGCGGCCCCAACCAAGCCCGGCGAUACGGGCCCGAUGGCCCAGCUCUGGUCGGCGAUCAAAGAUGGCGGCACCCUUCUUUCUGUCGUGAACGACCCCAACUCUGGCAAGCCCUCGACUGCGACCCCGUUCAAGAACCAUGUCAAGGCCCAGUGGUUCCUCGUGACGCCGCGGGGAUCGGACCUAGCCCGCAUUGGGCAGCUCGUCGAUGGACGCGACUGGAAACCGAUGCUCGACAGCGUCGUGCCUUGGGGGCAGUACACGGACGCGUUUACGCGCGUCGACGAGGGGCGUGCGCGCGGCAAGGUCGUAAUUACUGUCAAUGUCUAA